CUCCAAAGAGGAACUCGACGUUUUACGGAUAUCACCACAGGAUACUGGAAGUUCACAAAAAAUAAUAUUGUGCAGGCUCUACGCACAGGCUCAGGAAUCAGAGACAGUCUGGUGAAAGAGCUAGAUCCUGAGGCUAUGAACAGAGGUGAUGGUCGAUCUUUAGCAGCUGCUGACGGCGUGAGCCAAAUAACAGCUUGUCGAACUUGA